GAUUACUGUUUCUAUUUCCGCUCUAUUUGUAUGGACAAUGAAUAUAUAGCUGUUGGUGGAUUCAGCUUAUUAGUAUAAUUUGAUGUAUUGUGCGAUUAUAAACUCAAAUUAAUAAUCCAGUAUCUGUUUUAUAAUUGCAUCCAUAUAGUAAACAUAUGAAUGUUUAUUCCUUCUUGAUAUGAAUGAAGCUCUCCAAAGAAAACAAUAUAUUCAGAUGAUUGCUGGACUCAAAGUGGAGGUGUGUUUGCAAAACGUCAACUGAAGACCUGCAUCUGAAGACCAGCAUGUCGUUCAGUGAUAAAUCACGUUUCCAAUGUGAAAUCUGCUCAAAGAGUUGUAAAGCCAAGUCUUAUCUAGAAACACACAUGCGUGUUCAUACUGGUGAAAAACCUUUCAGCUGUGGAAUGUGCAUAAAGGAUUUCUCAACCAAGAGUAACAUUAUAAGACACAUGCAGAUCCACAUCGGUGAAAAACCUUUCAGGUGUGGAAUGUGUUUAAGGGAUUUCUCAGCGAAGAGGAGCAUUAUAACACAUAUGCAGAUCCACACUGGAGAAAAACCUUUCAGAUGUAUGACAUGCUUCGAACGUUUUCCCUUGUUGUCUUACCUAAAACAGCAUAUGUUGAUUCAUACUGGUGAGACACCUUUCAAAUGUGCAGUGUGCACAAAAUAUUUUUCACAUAGUUACAUUUUGAAACAGCAUAUGUUGAUUCAUACUGGGGAGAAACCUUUCAAAUGUGAUGUGUGCACAAAAUGUUUUUUGCGUGGUUCCAACUUGAAACAACAUAAGUUGAUUCAUACUGGCGAGAAACCUUUCAAAUGUGAAGUUUGCACAAAAUGUUUUACACAGAGAUCCAGGUUGAAACAACAUGUGUUGAUUCAUACUGGUGAGACAACUUUCAAAUGUGAAGUGUGCAAUAAAUGUUUUGCAAAUAAUUCCUUCUUGAAACGGCAUAUUUUGAUUCAUAAUGGGCAGAAACCUUUUGAAUGUGCAGUUUGCAAAAAAUGUUUUCCAUAUAAUUCCUUCUUGAAACGACAUAUGUUGAUUCAUAAUGGUGAGAAACCUUUCAAAUGUGAAGUGUGCACAAAAGGUUUUAUGUAUGGUUCCAACUUGAAACAACAUAUGUUGCUUCAUACUGGCGAAAAACCUUUCAAAUGUGAAACAUGCAAAAAAUGUUUUACACAUAGUUCAUGGUUGAAACAGCAUAUGCUGGUUCAUACUGGGGAGAAACCUUUCAAAUGUGAAGUGUGCACAAAAUGUUUUACAUAUGGUUCCAACUUAAAACAACAUAUGUUGAUUCAUACUGGUGAGACACCUUUCAAAUGUGAAGUGUGCACAAAAUGUUUUACACAGAGAUCCAGCUUGAAACAACAUAUGUCGGUUCAUACUGCAGGGAACAUUCUGUUCACUAUUGCGUCGCGAAUCGCUAUGCAAGAUUCAGAGAUUAGUUUUUAUCUGGUGGUGCUGAAACUUGAAUUCAAUAUGGUGAAGGUGGGACGGUGUGUGUUUCCCGUGAUCGUGACUAUGUGCAUCUACAAAACAAAAUUGCCUAUAGCACAGCACAACUCGAAACGAAUCUGGUCCGAUUUGAAACAUCAUAUAGUGAUUCAUACUGGCGAGAAACCUUUCAAAUGUGAAGUGUGCACAACAUGGUUUAGGCACAGUUGCAAUUUAAAACAGCAUAUGUUGAUUCAUACUGGUGAGAAACCUUUCAAAUGUGAAGUGUGCACAAAAUGUUUUAGACAGAGUUCUACCUUGAAACAACACAUGUUGAUUCAUACUGGUGAGAAACCUUUCAAAUGUGAAUUGUGCUCAAAAUGUUUUUCACAGUGUUCCAGCUUGAAAAAGCACAAAAAGGUUCAUAUGUAGUUCCAUCUUUAAAAAACCAAAAAACAUAUGUUGACUCAUACUGGUAAGAAACCUUUCAAAU